AUGGGUUAAAUAAACCCAAAAUAUUCAGCACCUUCUCCUGAUAAAUUGAAAUUAACCUAUUAAAUUAGAAAUCAAGCCAAACCUAUUACACUUGUCUUUGAUCCUCAAUUUUAAGCUAAUGAUAUCAACCAAGAUGAUUGGGAUUUGGUCCUUUCGUCUAUCAACUUGAAAAUUGAUAAAAUAAAUAAGCUUCAACAUCUUCCUACAAAUUUCAAAGCGUAAUUAAUUCAAUCAUUCAUGAUGAACAAAUCGAUAGAAACAGCCCCAUGCAUUAUUGGUUCUGAAGAAGGGCUCUAAGAAUUAUUAAUAUAUUUGCGAACUCUUAACAAAGAAGAUUUAGAAAAAUUCAUUGAAGAUAAAUAAUUGAUAGAGCAAUUACGAAAUCUAUUAAAGCUUGAAUGUGAAGGAUAUCACGACAAAGAAUGUUUAAUAUUAAACAUUAUAUUACAUUGCAUUCAAUAGAAUUGUAAUCUAGAUUUAAAUUAACCCAUUUUAAAUGAACUUGCUGAAAUUUUGAAUCCUUUGCACUCUGUUAAUUUUAGUUUACUAUUGGAAAUCUAUAUAGUCAUUUGUAAAAAUCAGACUGAUGAAAAAAUGAAUUAGAUUUCAAUAUCAUGGAUGGAAAUGAAAAGAAAUGGAAUGUGGAAUUAUCCCUUUGAACCAUUUAUUCAGACUUUGCAAUAAAAUAAAAGCGUUUUCUCCGUCCUGAAUAUGGUUAGAUUUAUAAAUUAUUUUAUGGAAGCACACGAAGAUAUUGAAUAUAGUAAUAAAUUAAAAACACUCCUAAUUAAUUUUGGACUUAGAUUUUUGAUUGAGGAUGUCAAAGUCAAAAUCCAAAGUGGAUAUUAUAAAAUCGAGCAUUGCACUUAUUAAUAUAUGGAUGAAAUGCUCCUAGAAUAAUAUCAACAUUACAAAAUCAAUCCUUCUGCUCGAAAGAGAAAAUUACUCCCUCCUGAUGGUAAACCAGUAGAAUUAAGUAUUUGUGCAGCACUCUGUGCAGAUUUAUUUAUAGAUCUCUAAGAUCUAGAGGCCUAAAAAAAAUUUGAAAACGCAACUUCAGAGGCCCUUGCAUAAAUUGAUGCCUUCUUAGAACUAACUGAAAAAGUAUACGCAAAAGUUAUGAAACCCAAAAAAUUAAUUGUUGAUAAAAAGGCAAGAACAAAAAGAGCAGGGUCUAUUACAACAUUCCUUGAUGAAGAAAGGUCAAUCAAACUAAGAAUUCCUGAUUUAGAUUAUCAAAAACUUCUUAUAUAAAUCAGAGAAGCUACUCUAGUUCCCUAAGUUUUAGAUUCUUUCUAAGACUAUUUACAAUCUGCUGCCAAAAUUGGAGUUAACGUCAUCUCAUAAAUGAUGUCUGUGGCUGUGGAUAAAAUGAUUGAACUGAGAAAAAAUGAUCCUCUCAAAUUAGAUUUAUUGGCAUGUGAAGAAAAAUGUACACAACUUGAAAAUUAAAUUAGAUCUCACAUUAAUGAGAAAGCAAGGAUUUAGUAAGAGUUAAGUUAGUUAAAGGAAAAAUUAAUCGAUGCAAACACAUACAUCAAGAAAAUCGAGCUCAAACUGUAAACCUAAACAUAAGCUAUACAGACAUAAAAUAGUUAAUCUAAUACAGUAAAAUCGCAUCCUCCACCGCCACCGCCACCACCUCCUCCGCCACCUUUGCCAGGUCAACAUAAAUAAACUCCACCUCCUCCUCCGCCUCCACCUCCACCUCCGCCAUUGCCAGGUCAAAAAACAGGGCCUCCUCCUCCUCCACCAUUACCAGGUUAAAAGGCAGGACCUCCUCCACCACCACCCUUGCCAGGUUAAAAGACUGGACCUCCUCCUCCUCCACCACCACCUUUGCCAGGUUAAAAAGCAGGAGCACCUCCUCCUCCUCCUCCGCCACCGCCUCCUGGAUAAAAAGGAAUUCCUCCUCCCCCGCCUACAUUUGGUGGUGCUAAUGCUAAAGGGCCUGGAAUACCUUAAUAAGUUGGCAAGAAGAAGUAAAAUCCCUAAAAACCAAUGAAAUAAGUUCCUUGGGUUGUAAUAAAAGAAGAUAAGAUUAAAACUACAAUUUGGGAGAAGAUUGACGAUUCAAAAAUAAAAAUAAAUACUUCUAUUUUGGAGGAGUAAUUUUGCAAAGUUGAAUUAGUUAAAGCAACUGGAAAUGCACUACCUUCUUAAAAGUAAUAGAUAAAAUAAAAGGUUUCUCAAUUACAGGCAGAACGUUGCAAGAAUGUUGAAUUAGUUAUUUCGAGAUUAAAAAUAAGUUCUUUGACAUUAAGGGAAGCUUUUUUAAAAAUAGAUACAAGUAUAUUAACUGAGGAAAAAAUAGCGAUGAUUAUAAAUGCUGUUCCAGAAAAGGAGGAAUAAGAAGUAUUUUUACACUUCAACCCUCCAGACCUUUCAACUAUUGCAACACCUGACUUAUAUUUUAUGGAUUUGAGUACUGUGCCAUAGAUCAAAUUAAGAGCAGAAGCCAUUGUGAUAAGUUAUGAAUGGACGGGACUUUAUGAAAGUGUUGAUGCAAAAUAAAAUAAGAUAGAAAAUGGAAUCAAACUAUAAUAAGAAGAUAAAAAAUUAUAAAUAAUGUUGGAAUACUCUUUAGGAUAUGGGAAUUAUUUAAAUGGACAAUCAACAAGGGGAGGAGCAUAUGCAUUUAAGCUUGAUAUAAUGAGUUAAUUAGACGAUGUAAAAUCAAACGAUAAUAAAACUAAUUUAUUGAUUGUUAUAAUCCUACACAUCGAAGCUGAUUUAGGCUACUCUUUAUACGAUUAAGAAUUUCUUGCUAAAAUUGAUUAUGAUUUUCUCUGCAAAACAUCAAUAUCUUCACUUUCGUAGGAUAUAAAUGAAUUGAAAAGAAUGGAGAGAGUUGUAGAGAGAGCUAAAAAGAGUCAUGGAGAAGACUCAAGUGAUUAGGCAUAAGUCAAAUUUAAACUUUUAUAAGAACAGUUGCAGGAAAGAAUUAAGAAAUUGGAAGAAAAAAAUGCAAUAUUAGAUAGCAAAUAUAAAGGAUUAUUACAAUACUUUUGCGAGGAUCCUAAAAUACAAUCAGAUGAAUUUUUUAUUAAGAUUGAUAAAAUCUGGAAGGAUUAUUAAAAUGCUUUAACCCAGAUUGCAAGAAUAAAAUCACAAGAAUAGAAAUAACAAAGAGAUUAAAGAAAAAAGAUGUCUUAAUCUUGUAAUCUUGAUGCUUUGUAAUAAUAAAAUGAAAAUUUAAAAAAUUAAUAAUAAAUUAAAUAAUAGUAAUAAUAAAAUUAAGAAACAAAUACAGGGUAAAAUAAAAAAGAUGUAAUGGAAGAAUUAAGAAGGUUGUAAUCUAAAAAAGCAGAACUGGCAGCCAAAAGAUAAUAAAAGACAAUAGAAUUGGAAUGA